AUGACGAGACAAAACGACGUCCAGCUCAAAAAUGUAACCCUCUCCAAUGGAAGGGGCACCGACAACCCGGCUUUUGAUAGAGGGGAGGACAACAUUACUGAUUCCAGCAGCAUCGAAGGAGAGCCUGAAAAAAAGACUAAAAAGGGUUUGGGAUUAUACUUCAGCCAAGUCUCCAGGCCAAUAGAUGCUGCAGAGAAUUAUGUCAAGGCUCACUCAAAAACCUUCAAGUACAUUGUCCUGGGACUACUCGGAGCAGGCUAUAUCGCCUACUUCAUCGCAGCCUGUGUGUUGGAUUUCAAGAGGGCCACUGCUCUUUUUGUCCUGACCUGUUUGGCUGUCGUUGCUCAAACACUGGAACUUGUGAAGACGUACCAGGGAAAGAGGAUCAGUCGGUGUUUCAAACCCGUAGUCAGACUCUUCAAAGCAAACUUGAAGUGGCUGAAAUGGGUUUUCAUCUUAGUGGCUGUGGUCCUGCUUGUGGUGUGGCUCGUUAUAGACACGAGCAAGCGUCCUGAGCAGCUUAUCUCCUUCGGAGGUGUGUGCAUGUUCGUCGUGCUUUUGUUCCUCUGCUCAGCGCACAGGUCAGCGAUAUCAUGGAGGCCUGUGUUUUGGGGUCUCGGGUUGCAGUUCUGCAUUGGCCUUUUCGUUAUACGAACACAGCCUGGUUUUAUAGCUUUCGACUGGCUUGGAACUCAAGUGCAGAUAUUCCUUGACUACACCAAAAAUGGCUCAUCGUUUGUUUUUGGGAAUCUGAUUGACAACAUUUUUGCCUUUCAAGCUUUGCCCAUUGUUGUGUUCUUCAGCAGCGUGAUGUCAGUCCUUUACUUUUUGGGGAUAAUGCAGUGGCUCAUCUUGAAGAUCUCAUGGGUUAUGCAGAUAACGUUGGGAACCUCUCCCACUGAGACCUUGAGUGUGGCAGGCAAUAUAUUUAUUGGACAGACUGAAGCGCCGCUGCUGAUCCGCCCCUAUUUAAAGGACAUGACCAAAUCUGAGAUCCAUGCUGUUAUGGUUGGAGGAUUUGCCACAAUUGCGGGCAGCGUCAUGGGCGCGUUCAUCUCGUUUGGGAUCGAAGCAUCUUCUUUAAUAUCGGCCUCUGUGAUGGCUGCUCCCUGUGCGCUUGCUAUCGCCAAGCUGUCUUACCCGGAGACAGAAGUGAGUAAGUUCAGUUCAAAGAAGAAUAUCAAAGUGGCUGCAGGUGAUGAAGGGAACAUUUUGGAAGCUGUCAGCAGUGGAGCAUCUGCAUCAAUAGGUCUUGUUGCAAACAUCGCAGCCAAUCUGAUAGCCUUUCUUGCUAUCCUUGGGUUCAUAAAUGCAGCUUUGAGUUGGCUUGGAGGCAUGGUGGGAUAUCCUGAUGUCACAUUUCAGCUAAUUUGCUCCUACGUGUUUAUGCCUGUGGCCUUCAUGAUGGGAGUACCUUAUGAGGAGACCUUCAUUGUGGCUGAACUAAUCGGCACAAAGCUUUUCCUCAAUGAGUUUGUGGCUUAUCAGAAAUUAUCUGAACUGAAGAUGAACAGACUCAAUGGUCUAGAGGAAAUUAUUGGAGGCGAAAGACAAUGGAUAUCUGUCCGAGCAGAAAUCAUCACCACCUAUGCCCUUUGUGGGUUUGCAAAUUUCAGCUCACUGGGUGUUGUGAUUGGAGGCUUAUCCUCCAUUUGCCCUUUGAGAAGGACUGACAUCUCAGGUUUGGUGUUGAGAGCCAUGAUCACUGGGACAUGUGUGUCUCUUGUCAAUGCUUGUAUUGCAGGGAUUCUCUUUGUUCCUCCACUCGACUGCGUGGGGCUGUUCAAGGAAUCAGUCUUCAACGCCACAGAUGUAAACAUUCAAACCUGCUGCAACGACCUCUUUGGCAGCGCUGCAAGCAACUGGACCGAAGGAUCAUGGAGCACAGUCAUAAACGUCACAACGUUUUUCUCCAACUGUUGUCAGUGUUGUGAUCUUUCUAAUUCGACAGUUUGUAACUAGAGGCGAAUGAUGACAUUAGGCCUCAUGCAGGAACGUUUUAACAAGUUCAUCCUAAACUUAGCUCACAUUUUAUGAAGAAGUACUUGAUGUGAAAGUGUAAAGUGUUCCACGUUGGAUUUGCUAAACUCCAAACUCGUUUCAGGUAUAGAAGUGCCACCUUUUCGUGAGGACAUGCACGUUUAAGCCCCAACAACUAUCACACAAAGCUACCUGUUCCACUCCGUUUGACAAGUUUAGCAGCGUCAGAAGUCGUAGUAGAGGAUCCAAAACAAUGAAAUAAUAAUUAAACGGUUUGACAUACAAUUACACACUUAAAAAUAUCCUUUAGAAGCAUGAUGAGAGGCGGUCAGGGAGGACGUGACAGCCAUGAAGGUAUUAUUAUUGUUGAUGGCAGGCUAUCUAUAUUUGAUUCACACUUUUUUAGAGCACACACACACAUCACUUGGACCAAACAUGCAAUUACAAACUACAAGAAAACUGCUGAAUGUCAUAAAUUCUGUUAAAUCACUUUUUUGGUGGUUCUUGCAUCAGGCCCAGUGUCUGUUAUGAUGCUGUAGCUCGUUUACGUGUUUAUAUAUUUGUGUCACAGUUGAUG